AUGUACCAAGUUUAUUAUGUCCAAGCGUUAAAAACAGCCGGAACAGGCUCACAACACUACCUCGUCGCCUCGCUUUCUUUCCAAAUGCUCAAUGAGUCACAACUAUCGAUGAGAGAAACACUAUCUACAGCACGGUAUUGCUAUCACAGCACGCGCACAAGAACAAGCCAAUGGGUAAUUGUUCUGGAUUCUCCCUUACAUGGCUCUCAAUUCAAAAUGCCGCCCCGAAUCCUGACGACUGCUCAUUUGGCUAAAGUGUCUGUUGAGCUAUGCAAGUUCUGCGGCAGCACAGUCGAGACUCUUCGAAAUCGGUACUUUGUUCAGGUUUGA